UGAAUUUAACAAAUAUAUUGUAACAAAUUUGUAGAUUUCAGUUUAUUUUUAAAUUUUUCUUCAACUUACAUAUCGUGUAUAUUUACGAGAUAAGCUACUUCUAAUGGAUUAAGAAGAAGCAUAAACUUUGCCUUUUAACAUCUAAAUAAUCGAAGCACAACGAAAAGCAUGGAAGAUAUCAAUGCUAAAAGAGACGCCAGGAAAAGACGAAUUUUGGAAAACUCGGAGAAACGUUUAUUAAAAAUCACUGGUAAAAAUGGCAGUAAUGAAUUAGAAGCUCAUACUACACAUUUAGGUUUGUCUAGUCAACUAUUCGUUGCUACUGAUGUACAAAGAGAAACUUUAAAUCAGAAUGUAAAUGGUAAAAUAUCAGGUAUCAAUGCCAUUUCUAGUCAGGCAAAACAUUCACCACCGAUAUCACUAACAAAUCGUGUAAAUUACAUAAUAUUGGCUAUUAUCGUCAAUAUACUAUUCAUGUUACAAUUGGAUCAUUUAUUUGGAAAGACAAUCACAAUACCAUACUUUCCAAUAAUGUUGGGACGCCUAUAUAAUUGUAUAAAUACACGAGAAAUGCACGAGAAUAAUUUUCUGUAUGCUGUUUUGAUCUUAUGCAAUAUUAAACCCCAAUUAAUUUAUCAAUUCAGAAAAUUAGUAACAGUAAUUCAUAUGAUACUUGGAGAUUUAGCUUUGUACAUUUUCAGUUUUACGCUAAUACAUUAUGGGCUUUUCUAUUGUCUGCACAAUACGGACAUUCGGAAAACUUUAAACAUAUAA